GUUUAAGCUGAGGUUUUUCCUUGUCAGUAUCGUUUUGGUCUAAAACCCUCGUCUCUCAUUGCCGUCUGCACAAUCACGUCGGGCUUUGCUUUGAUUAACGAAUCUGUAAAAAUAAAAAAGAUUGGAGCUUUUUGAACUCUACCCGUUUCCGGAAAGUGGGUUUUGAUAUCAGCUAGGGUUUAUUCAAAGCAAAGAAGAUUUUGCUCUGAAAGUUUCAGGAAGAACAGCAACAAAAUGUCAUCCUUAAGGAAUGCUAUUCCUAGAAAGGCUCACAAGGAGAGAGCACAACCUCAAGCAAGGAAGAAAUUUGGGCUGCUUGAGAAACAUAAAGACUAUGUUGCACGUGCUAAAGCUUUUCACAAAAAAGAGGAAACUUUGAGGAGGCUUAAAGAGAAAGCAGCAUCGAGAAAUCCUGAUGAGUUUUACUUCGGAAUGAUUAAGAGUAAAACAGUUGAUGGAGUUCAUCGGCCACAGAGUGAAGCUAACAAAUACACUCAAGAAGAACUAUUGUUGAUGAAGACGCAAGAUAUUGGAUAUAUCCUUCAAAAAGCACAAAGUGAGAAAAAGAAAAUUGAAAAGCUAACUGCCACAUUGCACUCGCUGGAUGGCCGACCCUCAAGCAAGCAUAUUUACUUCGCUGAAGAUAGGGAGGAGGCUAAAGAAAUAAGAUCACGAUCUUCAGAAAAUAAAAUGGCAACUACUUCUGUUGACGUCCCUGAUAAUAUUAAAAGGAAAAUAGCCAGUUCCUACAGAGAGCUUGAGGCCCGGAAGAACCGAGCAAACCAGUUGGAGAAAAUAUAUAUGGAUAUGGCACUGCAGAAGGAAUUGCAGAAAAAGGGACGAAAGCGCAAGCUGCGUGAAGAUGAGAUUGUCUGUCCAACUACGAAACCUGUAUUCAAGUGGCGUUCAGAACGAAAGCGGUGAAAGGUGGUGAAAGGUGUACGUUGAGCUGUUGGUCUCUCUAUCAAUCUGUUUAUGGACGUCUAUUAAGCUUGGUGCAUUUGCAUAUCGUAGGAGUUGAUGGUGCUGGGUCAUACUCUUGCUGUUGGACCAGCAUUUAAGCUGAACGUGAAGGCUCCAAGUCAGCUGGGAGAGCUGACAGUCCAGUUAAGAUGGAAUGAAAUGAUGGUGUCAUUCAAAUGCAACCUGUUGUACCAAUAUUUUUUAUAGUAAAACCUUUAACUUCAUUUGAAUGGUAUGUGUUGAUCAUUUGAAAUUGAAUUCAUGUUUUUGUCA